AUGGCAACAGUGCAACAAGGAAAAAAGAAAAUGAGAAUUGUUAACGGUGUUCUUGUUGAAGAAGAUGAGUCUCAUCAACCUAAUACCUUUAGACAAGCACCACCAGCACAAUCAUACAACUUAUUUCCAAUAAGAACAAAUGAAAAUAACCAAAGAACUUCAUCAAAUGUUUGUAAACAAGAUGAAGUAGUUGUUCCAUAUGCAAUGCCAGGAGUUUUUGUACUAUUGUCAGAGUCUAUAUUUUUUGAUAAGAGUGUUGUAUUAGUUACAUUUAUUAUAAUGAUUAUUGUUUUAGCAUAUUUCAUUGUAAGAAAAUAA